AUGAGUAUCCCGAAGCCUCCAAUAAAUAAUCUAGAAGAGAGUCUCAGGAAGCUUGGGUUCAACCAGCAUCAGAUAACAACAUCGUCCACAAGGUUGAAACGAACGUUAACUCCUGCAUCAACAGUCAACACUCCCUUAAUGAAUCCUGUAAAGUCUCCUGGUGAUGAUGUAGUAUUGCUUGGAGUCCAUAAAGGACCUAAGAAGUCUGGUAAUCCCCCAACAUCUGUGAGAUGGCCAUUGCAAACGGUGGAUUUGACUGAAGAUGAUGACGAUACGGAUGGACGACUCAAAAAUCAGGAUGGUAGUGAUGAUGACUUUCAAAUGCCAGUUCACAAGCUCCCUUCUGCUGGCUCGAAAAAGAGAAAGUCGCCUAAACGAGUUGCAGAUAAAGCUCCAACAGCAGAUCUUACUGUUACCAAAAAGAAGAAGAGCUUGGAUGGAUCUGCUGUACCGGCCACAACUACAUCUGCACCAAAAGACUCGGCUUCACCUAACGGACUCGUACUGCUAGUACCUCCAACACCACCAAAAACCACCAAAAUAGGUAAUACAACAGCUUAUGAACAUUGGGAGGAAGGAUCUGCAUUCCCAGCUCAGGAAUACGAAUUCGAUGAUGACGCAUUCCCUGAGGAAGGAAUGUGGCAGACUCCUGUUGUGAAAGUGACUUAUGAGACUUCUAACACCGUCAAAGAGCCAACUGUUGAAUCGGUUGCUCCACCAAGGCCAGAUAUAAUAACAGCUACCAACCAUAUGUUGAAUCAAAAUGGCUUGUCUCCUCAGGUCCAUGUUAGGCAUCUUUUCACUUUUAUGUCACAUGAUAUAUUACAGCAAGAACUUGAAUUCACUCAAAGAACUUUAGAUCAUCAGCAAGCGCUUCUCGCUCAAGUCGUUGCGAAUCCACAUGUUACCGAUGCUCAAAAGUCUUUUCAAGUGAUUGAUCUGAUGAAAGAACAGGCUGUAUGUAACGAUCGGCUGACAGAAAUCAAGGAAGCUAUUAGACUGACGACUGCAGCUCCUAUGGAACAGUCUCGAGAAACAUCACCAGUACUACCAUCAGAUGUUAGAGCAUCCCCGACUCUAUUUUCCCCUCAAAAAGAUCAUACGGCUGCUCCUCCGAUAAUCAAGCCUACAAUACGUCAAACUAAUAUAAUACCUCAACCGCAGCGGCAACAGCAGCAACUUCCCACUACACCUGAUCAGCAGAUGCGUUGGGAAGAUCCUCCAGCUCCUCCAGCAUCCCUAACAUUGUCACGACCACCUCAUAUCGCUCCCCCUACAUAUGCCAUACAGUACGACAGACCGCCAUUGCAACAUGAAGCAUCAUGGCAACCACAACCACAGCAGCCUCAGUCAUGGUCAAAUCAAGAAAACGAUAUGUCGUUUACUGGUGGAAAGGUCUCGAAUCAACAACUGCCACGUCCUUCCAUACCGUCUAUGAGAGCUCCAGCUUUCAUGGAUACGACAGGUCCAGCUGAACCAGAACCUGCUCGAGCAUCAAAAAGUGGUUCCAAAGGACAAUAUCCAUGGUCGGAUGGCGUUUGGAAGGCGCUACGUCAAUGGUUCAAAUUGGAAAGGUUUCGUGAAAACCAGUUGGAGGCUAUAGAUGCUACAUUGGCUGGAAAUGAUGUAUUUGUCCUCAUGCCCACUGGUGGCGGGAAGAGUUUAUGUUAUCAGCUUCCAGCCAUCAUUUCGAAUGGAUCGACGUCAGGGAUUACAAUUGUAAUCUCGCCACUGCUCUCACUGAUGCAAGACCAAUUGCAGCAGCUUCUAAACAAGGAAAUACCAGCUUCAUGCUUGUCCAGUGCUCAAACGGACGAGCAGAAGCAGUUUACGUAUGCUCAACUCUAUGAUCCGAAGUCUCUUCUAAGGCUACUUUACGUCACGCCGGAGAUGAUUAAUCGCAGUGAAAAGUUUAAGACUGCAUUGACAAGACUUUAUGAGCAACAUCGUCUUGCGAGAUUUGUGAUUGACGAAGCUCAUUGUGUUAGUCAGUGGGGUCAUGAUUUCCGCCCUGACUAUAAGGAUUUGGGUGAAAUUCGAAGAAUUUAUCCUGGAGUUCCCAUGAUGGCAUUGACUGCAACUGCCAAUGAGAAGGUCAAAAUGGACGUUAUGAAUGUAUUGCAGAUGCAACAAUCGAAAUGUUUCUCUCAAAGCUUCAAUCGAGCCAACCUCAUAUACGAAGUGUUGCCAAAAUCUAAAAACACAGAUGUUGAGAUUGCUGAAUUUGUAAAUAAGAGGUUUGCUGGCAAGUCUGGGAUUGUAUAUUGCAUCUCGAAACGAGCUUGUGAGGAGCUUUCUCAAAAAUUGAAUGCAAAAGGGUUGAGAACCAUGCAUUACCAUGCUGGUAUGCACAAGGAUGACCGUAUGGCGACUCAAGAAAAUUGGCUGAAGAAUCGAGUACAUAUCAUUGUUGCUACGGUUGCCUUUGGAAUGGGUAUCGACAAACCAGAUGUCCGAUUCGUUGUUCACUACGCCAUACCUCAAUCGAUCGAAGGAUAUUAUCAAGAGACUGGACGAGCUGGUCGAGAUGGUCAACAAUCUUGUUGUAUACUGUACUAUGCGUACCGUGAUGUCUGGACGCACUGGAGCUUGAUUGAUGGUGGUGAUGGAAACAAGGACCAAAAGGAUGUGGGUAUCCGACAACGAAGCAAUCUGAGGAAUAUGAUUGCGUAUUGUGAGAACAAGAUUGAGUGCCGACGUCAACAAGUCUUGCAUUACUUUGGCGAGAAUUUUGAUGCCAAAUUGUGCAGAAAAACUUGUGACAAUUGUAUGGCAACACAUCGUAUCGUUGAACGAGAUGUGUCUGAUGAUGUUCGUAACAUUAUCGAAAUAGUUCGUAGAGUUGAACGUGACAAUGUAACACUUGCAUAUUGUUUGGAUGUAUUUCGAGGAGCCAAACAUGGCAAGAUUGUACAGGCAGGACAUGAUAAAGUGAAUGGACAUGGUGCAGGCAGCAAAAUGACCAAGACAGAUGCUGAACGAAUCUUUCAUCACUUGUUGGUCAAGGACAUUAUUCGAGAACAUUGUGAACGAAACUAUAGUGGAUUCAUCAGUGCAUACGUCCAUGCUGGACCUCAAGCAAGGACAACCGACUCACCAACAUUUACCAUGAAGCUCAAAUUUGUGGCUGACGAGAAACGUAAAGCCAGUAAUGAUGGAGCUGAAGAUGGUGAUGACAAUGAUACGGAUCAUGACAAUGCAAAUGCAUCUCGAUCAAAGACUGCUGGUGGAGGUGGAGCUUCCAAGAAGCCUGAAAAGCAGACAAGAAUGUCUAUUGGAGGAGGUGGUUCUAGUGCUGGCAGUUCGAGACGGGCAAAAGGAGCUGCCAAUACUUCAGCAGGUUCUGGAAUUCGUGAGACUGCUAGUGUUUCCUCAUUCUUUCCAGAUUUUGUUCCGCCUACCAAGAAGGCAGAUACUAUGAAACGUGUGAGUUCUAUACCUGCCAUGCCUAAACCACAAUUCAAGUAA